CUGACUGAGCGUCUCAGCGCUCGACCUAGAAAGGGCGGAUCAGAGAUCUUCCAGUGAAAACACUGAGCAGAAAACCAGCCGUUCCAGAAUUCAGACUCUCACUGAAGCCGCUGAAGUGACCGGAUCUGAUAACUGAGGUCCAGUAUGACUCGUCCUCUAAUGCUGCUCGUCCUCAUUCACCUUUGUGGCCUGCUGGCCUGCCAUGGAUUCAAAAUCUGUGCCUUUAAUGUUCAGAGUUUUGGUGACUCGAAAGCAGCAGAUAAAAAAAUUUUACACACACUAACGCAGAUCGUGUCACGCUGUGAUGUGUGCUUGCUCCAGGAGGUCAGAGAUCACAAGAAGAAGGCCAUUCCUCAGCUGCUCAGGAGCCUCAACAACUUUGACAGCGGUCACCAAUAUGACUACGUGUCCAGUGGCCGUCUUGGCAGAUCACAAAUAUAUCAGGAGCAAUAUGUGUUUGUAUUCAGGAAGGACUCUGUGAGGCUGAAAGAUCAGUAUCAGUAUCCUGACAUGCAGAAAGGGGACGAGGAUGCUUUCGCCAGGGAGCCCUUUGUGGUGCGCUUCCAAGCACCUAAAACAGUGAUUGGCGAGUUUGUUCUGGUUCCAGUACACACAUCUCCCACAAACGCCACCAAAGAGAUUGAUGAGCUCUAUGAUGUCUUUGAGGAAGUUAGACAGAGGUGGAGGACGGAGGACAUGAUGUUUCUCGGUGACUUUAAUGCGGCCUGUGGAUACGUAGCCAAGAAGAACAGGAAGAACAUAAGACUGUACACUGUGUCCUCUUUCACCUGGCUGAUAGAAGACAAACAGGACACUACAGUGAGAGAAACCACUGACUGCGCCUACGACAGGAUAGUUGUGCAUGGAGAUCACUUUCUCGGAGCUGUAGUGCCAUUUUCAGCACGGCCGUUUAACUUUGCCAGGGAAUACCGUCUCACUGAGGAGGAGGCCCUAAAAGUUAGUGACCACUACCCUAUAGAGGUUGACUUGAAGACCCUGUCAGGAAGCACACGGGAAAGCACACCUCCGUACCUGCUACCUCUGACCUUUGGCUUCUUCGUCCUGUUGCAACUGAAUGCAGACUGAGGUGCUGAAGGUGGACAAUUUUCGAAGCCAGUAUAAGAUGAAAUAAUGCACUGAUGUCAAUACUUGAAUCUCCUCCAUGCCAAAAAUUUCACCAAAUCUAGCGGAUACACCAAGUGCCUUAAGUUAAAUUAUGAUAAUCCAAGUCCCCUCUAUGCAUUUCUCUACCUUUUGAGCUCAGGACUUUAAUACCUCAGCAACAAAUGAAUUUAAGUGUGUUUUUUAUACUUUGUAAUAAAAUGUUUUACUUUGUCAUGGAAACUUUUCAAUUCCCCUCCUCCCCUCUCAAUUAAAUAUUUUCAUAACCACAACAUGAUUAGUCACUACAUGGACAAAACCAGUUGAUCUAAAAGGGGUUAUAUACUGAAAUGCUUGAUUAAUCAUGACACAGCAGUUUGACUUUGCAUUACUGGACUCUUGACCUUAUUUCUUGUCAAAUGGAUAUCAAACAUAAAUGAAGGUCCAAAUACACCACCGAGAUGUGUACAUAUUCAUUUUCUUACUGAUCUCCCACAAGACUUGGAAAAAAAUCGGUUUUGAAAAAGCUUACAGCAAAAAAUUUAAAAACAAACACUGAGGCUGUAAUUUUUUGUAAUCAAAACACGGUUUGAUUUUAUUGACUACUUCAGAAAUCUGAGAGCCCUCUCUCACACAGCCAAUGAUCUGGCCAGUGUGAAGUGCUUAGUUGGCAUGCAGGGCCUUCCAGCGGGUCAGCGGUCCGCGGUUGGGGA